GGAUUUGUCUUUUAUUUAUGCGAAGCAACGGAUAAAGAGGAAGUAAGCGAAGGAAGCAACUGCUCGUGGGAAAAAAUGGUGGGCGGUUCAUCUCUUCAACCCCGUAUUCUCUCUUCCUUUAUCGGUGACUGCCGCUUGAUUCACUCAAGAGCCCCUCUUUUUCGACUCUUCCGCUAUAAUCCAGGAAGCAAACACGUGUGUAUGCAGUCAUCAAAAACAUUUUCUGGCUUAACUGAUCUCUUAUUCAAUAGAAGAAAUCUAGAUGAACUCCCAAACACCAAGCGUAAACGUCUAAGGCCGGGAAAAUUGUCCCCUCAUCGAUCUGUUCCAGAUAACAUAACAAAGCCUCCUUAUGUCAAAUCUCGGAAACCACCUGGAAUUACGAGUGGAGUAGAGGUGCAUGAUGAGAAGGGGAUAGAGUGCAUGAGAGCUUCUGGAAGACUUGCUGCGCAAGUUCUUGAAUAUGCUGGGACUUUAGUCAAGCCAGGCAUAAUGACAGAUGAAAUUGAUCAAGCUGUUCACCAAAUGAUUAUUGACAAUGGAGCAUAUCCUUCACCUCUUGGCUAUGGUGGAUUCCCGAAGAGUGUGUGCACAUCGGUGAAUGAAUGCAUUUGCCAUGGAAUCCCAGACUCCCGUGCACUUGAGGAUGGUGAUAUAAUCAAUAUUGAUGUUACCGUUUAUCUAAAUGGUUAUCAUGGUGAUACAUCAGCAACAUUCUUUUGUGGAGACGUCGAUGACGCAACCAAAAACUUUGUACAGGUAACUAAAGAAAGCUUAUACAAGGCAAUAUCAAUAUGUGCACCAGGAGUGGAGUACAAGAAAAUUGGCAAAACAAUACAUGACCAUGCAGAUAAACACGGUUAUGGUGUUGUAGAACAGUUUGUUGGCCAUGGAGUGGGCCGCGUUUUUCAUUCUGAUCCAGUUAUUAUGCACUGCAGGAACAACGAAAGUGGACGCAUGGUGUUGAAUCAAACCUUUACAAUUGAACCCAUGCUGACAAUGGGCAGCAUAAAUCCCAUAAUCUGGGACGAUAAUUGGACAGUCGUUACAGAGGACGCGAGCUUGUCAGCGCAAUUCGAGCAUACCCUCUUAAUAACAAAGGAUGGUGCUGAGAUAUUAACCCAAUGUUAACCCUAGCACCACACAACACACAAGAAACCAGAUUCUUUCAGAGUCUUCAUUCCACCCAAAAGAAUAAAUUGGCUUGGCAGAGCAGUUCCGGGCUUGCCGGUGGCGGAUAAUCUAUGUAUUAUUUUUAUAAAUAUAUUAUAAUAUAUAGAUUUGCCUCUCCAAGAUAAAUUUUUUCAAUUUGGAUGAGGAUAUGUGUUUUUUAUAAUUUAUCUAUGUGAUUUUGCCAGAUACAUCAGUUCAUGUUGUUUUGUAUAACAUUUAUUUAUGAAGGUAGCGUGAUCAUUUUGUUAGGAACAAGUAUGUUAUAGGUGUUAAUGCCACACUAAAUGAAUUUUACAAUGACUAUUUCUCUUGUGGUUUACUAA